ACAAAAAAAUAUUUUAUAUAAUAAUUUGACUUGUUUAUUAAUUUUUCAUCAUCUCUUUAUUUCUUCUUCAGCAUCAUGGCCACAAGCUCGGCCCUUACUUGGCAUCCCUUACACCCCAAGCAUCUUCCUCUGCGCCACCAACACCUGCCCCUACGCUGCGACCAUGCCGUCACUGUCCGCGCCUUCCAGCGCAGCGACCUCGACCGCUUCGCCCGUCGGAUGACCUCCGGAGAGGCAUGGAGAGACGCUUGGCGCAGCGCCAACGAUGGAUUCGAGCAGCUGGUGUUCGAGGCUAAGAAGACCGCCGAGCGUAUCGAUCGCCAAUAUGCUGUUUCUCGCCGCCUGAACACAGCUGCACGUGCCGCCUCUGACCGCGCACGUGAGAUCGAUCGGGAGCUUGAGAUUAGCGUGCGAUGGAGGGCUUUUAGUAUGGAUUUUAGUAGAAAUUGGCCGAGGUACAGGAAGCAGCUCAAUGAUUUUUUUGAUACUCCUUUAGGAAGAAGCUUUGCUACAAUUUUCUUCCUCUGGUUUGCUUUCUCUGGAUGGCUGUUUCAGAUCUUGUUUUUUGCUGCAUGGGUUCUUCCACUUGCCGCACCCCUUCUCAUUGGGACAGUGGCCAAUAAUUUUGUCAUUAAGGGGUCUUGUCCAGCUUGUAAGAGGCAGUUUGUUGGUUACAAGAACCAGACAAUUCAAUGUACAAGCUGCGGAAACAUAGUGUGGCAACCUGAAAGGGACUUCUUCUCGAGGGGAGAUAGGGGCAAAACUGCUUCAAAGUCAGAUGGGGAUAUCAUUGAUGUUGAGUUUGAAGAAAAAUGACGGGCUAAAACAUAGCGAAUGAUAAACUGGAGCGUAAGAUUUCUACCGUCAAUGCUCAUGAUAUACCUCCUUAGAUCCUACCUAUUGUAUUUGUUUUUGUUUUGGAAGUGCUUUUAGGAUCUCUGCUUAGCAAUACUGCCCUAAUUGUAUAUUAUGUUUGUUAGAAAGGGAACAUUGAGAAACAAUGAGACUGGAUCUCGCCCUUUGUUCAUAAGAGAAAUUUUCCCUUUUUGGGAUAGUCAAAAGUUUUAAUUUAAAACCUAAAA